AUGGACGGUGAAAAGAUCGAGAGCGUGUCCGGUCAGCCGUUACCUGGUGCGACCAUUCCGCUCGACUCCAAUGGUGCACACAUUGGCGACAGUGAGAUUAAGAAGCGAGCGAGGAGCAACAGCCCCAAUGGCGAAGCUGCAGAAGGGGCAUCCAAGCGCCAGAAAGGCGUUGCGCCCAUCAAGGCAGAAUAUUUGAUUCACCGCACUGACGCCAAGGUUGAGACUAAGGAUGCAGUUGUUGAUGAUGAUGCAGCUGAAGCUGCAGACGACCGCUACCACAAGGGUGAUGCGCGUGAUGGUGGAGGCAAGGGAAAGAAGGAUAAGAAAAACAACAAGAAGCAAAAAGGUGGCCAGAACACCAGCCGGACGUUCGGCAGCUCUCGUGACAAAUUGCCACUCUGCGCGACCCGAAUGCUCAGCAAUGAGUUCUCUCCAAAGGAAUGCGGGUUUGGUGACAAAUGCAGGUUUGAACACGAUCUUCGCAAGUACCUGAAGGAAGGCCGCCGCGAGGACCUUACUACCUUUGACGGCAAGUGUCCAAUCCACGAUGUGAAAGGAUACUGCCAUCUUGGUUGGAAGUGUCGGUUUGUCGGUAGUCACUCCAAGGAGCGCGACACUGAGGAUGGGAGGAAAGAGCUGGUUUUGAUCGAAGACUCCGAACGUACAUCAACCAUGGUCAACCUUGAGGAUGAGGUUGACGUUGCGAACGUUGUAUCAAAAGACGUCAAGAUCGGCCUCGCAAAGCGGAAAAUCAACACACCACGCUCGGACCAGUACAUGAAGUGGAUCGACUCCAACAAGGACACCGAGCGUGCUAUGUUUGAUUCGGCAGCCGGCGACAAUGAAGCGUUGAAGGAGGAGAAAGAAGCCCGCAGAGCAGAGUUUGUGGAAGCACCCUUCAGACCGUCUGAGAAGCGAAGGCUGUACUAUGGACCCGAGACGCCCAGUCUUGCACCCCUCACUACUCAAGGAAACAUGCCGUACCGCAGGCUUUGUGUUGAUCUUGGGUGCCAAGUCACGUGGAGUGAGAUGGCUAUGGGCAUGCCAUUGAUUCAGGGCGAAAGAGGCGAAUGGGCUCUCAUGAAGGCCCACGAGUCCGAAAUCAGCCCGCCAAAGUUUCUGCAGAAGAACACUGUCGUGCAAGGGUACGACAACGCCAGUGACAUGAAGUUUGGCGCCCAGAUUGCGGCAAACAAGCCAUGGUUGGCUGCAAAGACUGUAGAGGUCUUGACUGACCACUGCCCCAAGCUCCGAGCUAUCGACUUGAACUGUGGAUGCCCCAUCAACCUCGUGUGCGAGAAGGGAGCUGGUUCGGCGCUCUUAGACCAGGAAUCCAAGCUUGAGAGUAUCCUACGCGGUAUGAGCUACGUGUCGAAGGAGACACCCAUUACUGUCAAAGUCCGCAUGGGCACGAAAGACAACAAUCCGACCGCCACGAAGUUGAUCAAACGUCUUGUACUCGGUGGCUACGAGGCUGUCCAAUCCGGCAAAGGCACGUCGGGUAUCGCGGCGAUUACACUCCACGGCAGGAGCAAGCAACAGCGCUACUCCAGAAGUGCAGACUGGUCGUACAUUGCCGAAUGCGCAUCACUCAUCAAGCGUCUCAAGAGCGAGAAGGAUGCUCGAACAGAUACCAUUGCAGAGGCCGAUCCUCGUGAUCUUGCCAACGGUGGCCAUGUAUACUUUGUCGGUAACGGCGACUGCUACUCUCACGAGGAUUACUAUAACAACAUCAACAAUUCCGGUGUCGAUUCUGUCUUGAUCGGCCGCGGCGCUCUAAUCAAGCCUUGGAUCUUCGAGGAGAUCGAGAAGGGUCAGUACCUCGACAAGUCCGCCACUGAACGCCUGUCCUAUAUCGAGAAGUUUGCCAAGUAUGGCCUGCAGACUUGGGGUUCUGAUGAGAUGGGUAUCGGUACGACACGUCGCUUUCUGCUCGAAUGGCUCAGCUUCGCUCAUCGAUACGUGCCUGUGGGCUUGUUGGAGCACCUGCCACCCAACAUUCAAGAUCGACCCCCGAGGUUCAAGGGUAGGGACGAUUUGGAGACGCUGAUGGCGAGUGAAAACUACAAGGACUGGAUCAAACUCAGCGAGAUGUUCCUUGGACCCGCGCACCCUAACUUUGAGUUCGAGCCCAAGCACAAGUCCAAUGCCUACGAAAUCGAGGCAGAGGGGUGA